AUGCAUUACCAAAACGACAAACUGACAGCACCACAGCUCUUCCGUGUCCUGGGCGACUUGUCCCACGCCCUCUCCAAAUGCAUCCUCAUCUUCGCUAUCCAUCGCAAUCGAAGCGCUGAGGGCGUCUCCCUCAUCACGCAGAUCCUCUACGCCCUCGUCUUCUGCACACGUUACCUCGACCUCUUCAUCGAGACGGUACCAUGGAACAUCGUGUUCAAGAUCUUCUACAUCAUCUCGUCUAUCUACAUCCUUGCUAUUAUGCAAUGGAUCUACCCUCGAUCGCGUGAGCGUGAGAUUGCUUGGAAGAUUGGCGCCAUCAUCCUCGGUGGCUCGUUUGUCUUGUCUCCAUUCGUCAUGCUCAUCUUUGAGAGCCACAAGGGUUUCCGACCUUGGAUGUGGGUGUUCUCCCAGAUCCUCGAGUCCGUCUGCGUUCUUCCCCAGCUUCUCCUCCUUCGACAAACAACCGUCCCCACCGUUAUCGACUCCUUCUACCUCGUCGCUCUCGGCUCCUACCGCGCCCUCUACUGCGUCAACUGGUUCAUCCGCGAAUUCGAGAUCUCCGGCAAGAAGCCCAAUACCGUCUCCGUCAUCUUCGGCAUCAUCCAGACUGCCCUAUACAUCGACUUUGCUUGGGUUUACUACACCCGCCAGCGCGUCAAGCUUCGCGGUGGCGGCAUUGUCGACGCCGAUGAUAUGUCCCGCGGAUGGCUCCUCCGCCGAAUCUUCGGAAAGCGCUUUGAGAACAACGAUGAUGACGAGGAGAGUGGCCCUGGUGGAUUUGAAGAUGAGCAAGGUGGCCGACGAGGAGCUCGUCCCAAGUGGGGAGCCCGCGGUAUCUCAGUCAGUGCCGAUGACGGCGUUCUCGAGCAGGACCGACACAACCGUGACCAGGACGAGUUCGGUGGCCCAGUCGACCCUGACGCCAAGAUGCAAGACCCCGAUGAGCUUGCGCGAGCACUCGACGAUGACGACGAUGAGCAAACACCACUGCGACCUGGACAAACAGAAGGCCAGCCCAGCGGUCUUCAAGGCGGCGAGGGUUGGCGCGACUAA